AUUGCUACGAGUGUCGGUGCGCCUUGUAUGAGUUUACGGCUCCAAAGCAACUCCGGGUUAGAUCUCCUUUUUAGUCGGCCACCUAAAAGUCGCCACUGGUGGGAAAGAUGACAACGUGACGUUUCUGCGGCAGCUUCCUUAAGCCACGAGUCCCCAUGGAUGACCUGACCCAAGCCCUCUCGGCCAGCUUCGCUGUGUCCAGCGAGCCCAACAGUACAGCCGGCCCCCACCCUCGGCUUGCACAGUACAAGAGCAAGUACAGCGUCCUGGAACAGAGCGAGAGACGCCGGCGCUUCCUAGACCUGCAGAAAACAAAAAGGUUAAACUAUGUCAACCACGCUCGGCGUCUGGCUGAUGGGGACUGGACUGGGGUAGACAGCGAUGGGGAGGAGGACAUGGAGAAACAGGAGGAGGGGGAGCGGGAGAAAGAAGCCACCACAGAGGAAGAGGGGAUGGAGGUUGAGAGGAGGAAGCUGCCAAAGCAUUAUGCCAACCAGCUCAUGUUGUCAGAGUGGCUGGUGGAUGUGCCUGCAGACCUGGACACUGAUUGGCUGAUGGUCGUGUGUCCUGUGGGGAAACGAUCUCUCAUUGUUGCCUCAAGGGGCUCAACUGCAGCAUACACUAAAAGUGGCUACUGUGUGAACCGUUUCCCCUCCCUGCUGCCUGGUGGGAACCGACACAACUCGGCCAUGGGAAAAGACUACACUAUCCUCGACUGCAUUUACAGUGAAGUGGACAGAACCUAUUACAUCCUGGAUGUCAUGUGCUGGAGAGGUCACCCUGUCUAUGACUGCCCGACUGAGUUCCGCUUCUACUGGCUCCAGUCCAAAGUCCAGGAGGCAGAGUGCCUGUCAGAGAUCGCCAAGCGCAACCCUUUCCGGUUUGUGAGCCUCCAAAGCACAGACUGCACAGAGGAAUCGAUUCAAAAAGCUCUGACUGCCGAGUACAGCUUCAAUGUGGACGGUUUGCUCUUUUACCACCGUCAGACCCAUUACACCCCUGGCAGCACCCCUCUUGUAGGCUGGCUGCGCCCAUACAUGGUCACAGAUAUUCUGGGUAUAGAGGUUCCCUUAGGACCCCUCACCACCAAGCCUGACUAUGCCAGCCACCAGCUUCAGCAAAUCCUCGAACACAAGAAAACAUCAGUUGAGGUCCGCCCGGCUGAUGUUAAUGGACGCUAUGAGUUAGAGUACCUGUCCACCCCCAGCCAAGAGAAAGGCGACGGAGACGCACCUAGGUAUUUGCCCCAAAAGCCAAUAAAGGAGGCACAGAUGGAGAGCUGAGAGGGAUGCUUUGAGUGAACAAAAUGCUAAUUGGUAACUCAGCGUUUUAGAGUGUUGGUGGCCUACAUAUGGCUCUUUGAACUCCUCUGAAUAGUUCUGCAGGAUUGACCAAUUGCAAAGCAUGGCUAAUUCUAAUCCAGAGCGGCUCAAGACACCUCCAGCGUGCAGAUUAGUAGAGCUAUAUGUUCUUUUCAUGGCUAAAAAUACAAAAUCCACCAUUGACCUAAGUUUUGAGGGUACCAGAAUUGUGAUGCAGUAGUGAUCUCAUAGCACCAUAGUAAUCAGUAGGACAUCAGCAUACGGUCCAAAAAGAGGGUGAAAUGUUUCUUAUCUCAAAUAUACAGCAGAUCCAUUUUAAUCCAAAGUGCCAUGUUCAGUGCACAAAUGUCUCAGUUGAGGGAACAUUAUUCUGCUGUGCUGCACUCUGGAAUAAAAUAGAUCACAUGCAACAAACUUACACAUCCUUGUUGUUUGCAGUAGUGCAACUUUUCUACCACUUGCAGCACUUGGAUUAAUUGAUAUCUAUACAGAGGAGAUUGUUAUUUUGAGCAUCAGUUAGGCAAAUAUGAGUGUCCUCUACUAUCAAUACUGUUUAUAGAAUGGUGAGGGGGGCAAAGCGUUGUUUACUACCCUGGAGGCUGACACCAGGCUGAACAAAAAGCCCUUAAGAAGGGCUUUUCCAGUGAUAUGGACUCUUAACACUUGCUUUUAAAAAUUGAAAGUUGUUCUUUAGACUGAAGGUUUUAAUAUGUAUGUCUCUGAAUAAAUGUCUUUUAUUAACCCGCUA